ACACAGUGCUUUAAACUAUACGAAAAUAUAUAAACAGAUCUAUGGGAAGAAGACUAUCAAAGCCCUAUUAAAAACUCAAAGGAUUUACAACGCUUAAGAUAACGCGCAGUAUAAAUACAGCGUCGCGGAAGCAACGGGCACCAUUUCCUAUCAAAAUGUUGUGCCGAACUCUGGUCGUUGCUGUGUUGGCGGCGUCAGUGUGCGCGUUCCCGCGAAGCGGUUCUAUAACGUCCUCUGAUGUCAUCAACCAAAUAAUCUCCGAGGGCUACCCUGCGGAGUUGCAUCAAGUGACCACGGCUGAUGGCUAUAUCCUGGGCGUGCACCGCAUACCCUAUGGGAAGGACGGGCCUUCCGAGGGACGGAGGCCCGUCGUCUUUGUGAUGCAUGGGCUCAUGGGAGCUUCUAGUAACUUCAUUUUCUUGGGAAAGGAGAAUGGUAUAGCUUAUAACCUGGCCGAUGCCGGUUACGACGUGUGGAUGGGCAACGCCCGUGGCAACGUCUUCUCCCGCCAGCACAUUACUCUCGACCCUGACCACAGCCAGCAAAAAUACGAUUUCUUCGACUUCAGCUGGGAGGAGAUCGCUACCAUCGACGUUCCCACCAUGGUCGACUACGCUCUCUCUGUCUCUGGACAACAAACUUUACACUACGUUGGACACUCUCAGGGAGGCACUUCCUUCCUUGUGUUGAACUCUAUGAAGCCUGAGUAUAAUGAGAAGUUUGUGUCGGCUCAUCUGUUGGCUGGUGUGGGGUACAUGAACAACUUCCCUAACAGUGAAUUGAGGGCAGCCGCGCUGAUGACCACUGUUCUUUAUAGUUUGGCAAGAGGUAUCGGUCUGGUAGAAAUAAGGACCCUGGAUGACAUCAGCAUCGCUGGAGGCAUACUCGGCCGAUCGGGAGCUGGAUACUCUCGCAUCGACUACUGCAUGGGUGAUAUCGCUUACAAGGAAUACUGCAACAUGCUUGGCCUUAAUAGAAUUAUGGGUGACACCGACAUGGACGGGCUAGGAGUCGGAGGGGCCUCUCUCAAGCAGUUCGCCCACUACGGCCAAAACAUCAGGGACAAGGUCUUCAGGCGCUGGGACUUCGGAAUCCUCUCCAACAACCGCGUCUACGGCUCACGCAACCCUCCCGCGUACGACCUUAGCCGCAUCAACGUCCCUAUCACCAUGCACUACACCGUCAGUGAUGAGCUCCUCAAUGAGCAGGAUGUCCUCGCCAUGGCCCGUGACUUGCCCAAGGCAGAAGCCAGGAAGAUCGCCAGAAAAACUUUCUCGCAUGUCGAUUUUAUCCAAGCUGCUGACGUCAGGGAGCUUGUAACAAACUAUAUGAUCUAUAGACUGAACCGAGUCGAACGUACGCUGGCGGGAAUUGAAUGAUUUUGGAAAUACUGAUUUACUAAAAAAAUAUGUGUAAAUAUGAUGUCCCGGUGACAGUUGACUAUGGAAGUGUAAAUAAAUAUAUAUAUAAGAUAAAUAAUAAGUAAAAAAUAUAGACUUAAGAAUUAUAA